CAGCAGCAACUUAUAGGCAGCUCACCAAACAAAAGAGCAGCAGCAACUUGCACUCUUGCAGGGCGUACUCCCCGCAAGUCUAGUCUAAAGUCUAAACACUGCAAAUCUGCAAUACAAACGAUUCUUUGGAUUAUCAGCAUUCAGCAGCAACCCUCCCUCACAACAAAGUUAACUUUUUGAUUACCAGAAAUGAAGAGACACAAAACUCUUUUAGCUAAUCUCUCUCUCGUAUCCAACGCAUUGCAAGAACUUCUAAUCCCUUCUUUUCCCCAAAACUAUGUCAAAUUCCACCAAUUUCACCAAAUAACUGCAAAUCCCCCAAACCCCAUCUCUAAAAGCCCUAAUUUCAACACCCCGUCUCCUCGAAAACCUCUUGAUUUCAUCACUGUUUGCCAAACCCUCUCAUCUUACAACAAUGACUAUAAUCGGGCACUCGAAUUUUUUAACUGGGUUGAAAACGAUUGUGGGUUUCAGCAUAAUACAGAGACUUACAAUUCGAUGAUUGAUAUUCUGGGUAAGUUUUUUGAGUUUGAUAAAUGCUGGGAAUUUAUCCAAAUCAUGCGAAAACAUUCAUUUUCAAUGCCUAAUUACACCACUUUUAGUAUUAUGUUUAAGCGUUAUAUAGCUGCUCAUUAUGUUAGUGAAGCAAUUGAUAUGUUUGAUAGGUUAGGGGAGUUUGAUUUGAAAGAUGAGACAUCUUUUUGUAAUUUGAUUGAUGCACUUUGUGAGUAUAAGCAUGUGAUUGAAGCGGAGGAUUUGUGGGUUAAGAGGCAAUUGUUUGUUAAGUUUGUGACCGAGCCAACCAAAGUUUAUAAUAUGAUGCUUCGUGGGUAUGCAAAGAUGGGGUGGUGGAGUAAAUGUAGGGGGUUUUGGGAGGAGAUGGAUGGGAAAGGAGUUCGGAAAGAUUUGGUGACGUAUUCAAUUUUUAUGGAUGCGCAAUGCAAGUGUGGGAAGCCAUGGAAAGCAAUACAAUUGUAUAAGGAGAUGAGGAGGAAGAGGAUGCAAUUGGAUGUUGUAGUAUAUAAUACGGUUAUUCAUGCUAUUGGUCUCAAAGAGGGUGUUGAUUUCUCGGUUCGUAUGCUUAGAGAAAUGAAGGACUUAGGAUGUGAGCCGAAUGUGGUCACAUAUAACACAGUUAUAAAGCUUUUGUGUGAGAAUGGGAGAAUGAAGGACGCGUAUGGGAUGCUUUAUCAGAUGCGCAAAAUGGGUUGUCAACCGGAUGUGAUAACUUACCACUGUUUUUUCCGCUGUCUUGUUGAACCAAAGGAGCUACUUAGGUUGUUUGAGAGGAUGUUAGAAAGUGGGGUUACCCCAAGGAUGGAUACUUAUGUGAUGCUUAUGAGAAAAUUUGGGAGAUGGGGAUUCCUUCGACCUGUUUAUAUUGUUUGGGAUAAGAUGAAAAAACUUGGUUGUAGUCCUAAUGAGGCUGCUUACAACGCCUUAAUUGAUGCUUUGUUGCAAAAGGGUAUGGUGGAUAUGGCAAGGAAGUACGAUCAAGAGAUGCUUGCCAAAGGUCUUUCUGCUAAGCCAAGGGAAGAGCUAGGAACAAAGACAUCGAUUGACAGGUCUGGUGAUGUGGAGUUGUGAUGCUUUGACUUGUCUGAAGAUUUUAGGUCCUUAUAUCGGUUCGGAUCAUAAUAGCUUGUGUGUUCAAGAAUGACAUGAGUGCUUGAUUUGGAUUAUAGGGAAAUCUUAAUGUGCAUUGCCUGAGAGGUUUACGCCCAUGGCUAGUGUUAAUAUUUUUACCCUAAAAAGACAUCCGAGUAUUCUAAAUGUGGGAAUCUGAACCAUGAAUUAGAAAUUUUCUGGAUAAACCAGGAAAGGAUCAGGAAAUGACUGAAGAGUAUUGAUGUUGUUGGUGAAUGUGAUGUAACUUCUUUUUACAGUGCAACUUUUGCACCUGCAGCAGUUUCAGGGAAAUUCCUGGAGUAUGGAGUGAGUUGUCCAAGGGGGUUUGUGUUCUAACAGCUUACAGUAACGGAGGGGAGGCAUGUCAUAUCUUGAUUGGUACAUUAAAUGCUAGCUUACAUUAGAAGUGGAGUUAGACAGUGAACCUUUACUUAUAAUUGUGCUAUAUACUAGUGAAGUAGUAUUCUUUCUUCUCUUCUCUAGUACUUUAUUUCAAAAUCAUUUGGGCAAAAUCAGCCAUUUAUAUUUCAACCUACAUGUUUAGCCAAACGAUAAAGUACAUGCUGAAUCAGAUUCUUUCUGCUUGCUAGUUUUUAGUAUACCAAUAGGCUAUGUAGGUUUGAACGAUGAGAAGGGUCAUGAAACAGUGAAAAAGAAGAAUGUUUUUACAUUUUUAUGUUUUUUGAUUAGUUAUACUGAGAUGAAACUAAAAUCAAACUCCUCUUUGUAAAAUGUUGUCAUUUCCCUCAAUACUCUUAUACUUGAAUAAUCAACUCCACUUUAGUAAA